ACGGAGGUCAGCUCGUGAGCAGGUAUCUCAAGUUUGGCGUUCCAGUGAGUGAUAUUCAUCGGUGGUUAUUCACACGGAAUGUAUCUGAGAACGGGCCGCCCCCAGCGCGCGGCGCGAACUGCUGGAACACCUCGGCACGAUAUCGAUGACGUUCCAAGGGGGGAAAAGCUACAGCGUAAUAGGAGCGCCCACCGCCAUCCGUUGUGCCCAGCAGGCUAAGAGUAGCGCCGCAACGAAAAAGGUCCUCGAUUCGCUCUUUACAGGCGAGCAUCGCGGACGUCCCAAGACGAGGGAGCAGUGCUACUUCAACCGCAACUAUAACAUACCUACCCUCACGAUUACCUUCCAUUACCGCUCCAAAGAGCGCCUGCAAAACCUCGGCAUUAUUGCCGCAGAGCCCGAGCGGGCCCCAACGCAGCCCGAGGGCAGAAGGCUGCCGAAGCGCGAGAGGUCCGCCACACUUGAAUCCCGGGAGGACCGCAAGAGGCCCAACGCAAAGUUCAAGCGCGAGGUCACGACUGAGGCCCAGGCAAAGAUGACGCCUCCGAACGACGACCCUGAGUUUGUGAUGUUCACUCCCGGGCGGCGGCGACUGGCGCCGACCAACGUGCCAGAGAUUAUCGACCUCACGAAAGAUUAGAUCGGGCCGACAGAUGCAUAAAACGACGACUUCCACGCUGUGUGAGCUCGCCUUGUAGUCAACUGUCAGUCAUGCCGGCGCGACUAAUAUAUAACAUGCAUCCUAACAAAUCUCCUCAUUCUCUUGAGGUCCUCGUAACUUGGCCACGGUUUGUGUGUCAAAGGCGGGCGUUUUUUUCUGCGAUAUGCGGUUUUCACCUUUAAUGUCUUACCGA